AUGGUCCCCCACCUGCUGUUUCUCCUGGCGUUGCAGGUGCUGCUGCUGCUGCUGGGCGGUCCCGUAGCCGCCGCCAUGAUGCUGGGCUGCGAAGCCGCCAGGACCGCUGCCUCCUCCGGAAAGCGCCCGUGCGGCUUCAAAGAGAAAGAACGCCAGGAGGCAGAGCGAGCGGCCGGUUUUCGCCGUCAUCCUCUCUGCCCUCUAAAGUCUACGCGCCAGAGUGGCGACGAAGUCCCUCACUCUCUUGUGGGUGUCUGUGCUUCCCACGCCGCCCCACGUGUCAGCAGUCAGCAGUGUCGAGCGGUGUAUGGAGGCCGGCGAAUGGUCAAUACUGCUGGUCUCAAGUCCUGGAGAAGAAGAACUGCGAGACAAGACAAGACAAGACAAAACAAGACAAGGCAAGACAUGACAACAGCAGCCCAGCCAGACGAGCAUGCCGGUGAGAGCGGAGGCGGUCCGAUGAUGGAGGACAGCAUGAGGGGACUCUUCGACCUCCCGGAGGACGGCCUGGUGUCCUCCUUGGCGCUGACGCCGGACGGCUGCUACGUGUUCGCUGCCUUCGGCGGGGGAGAGGUGCGCCUGUACGCCCAGGCGCUACGGACCGUCGGUGCCGCCAGCCGGAGCGGGACCAUCGUCGCGCAGAUCAAGUCGAAGGGCAUGUUCAGUAACACGAGGGUCGACUGCCACGUGGAGGCCAGCGAGGACGGCCGCUUCAUCUUCGCCGGGCUCCUCCGAGGGUCUUCGGAGGUGCUCGCGCUCGACAUCUCGGACCUGCCUAGGUGGCGGACCCUCCCGGCCGGAGAGGAGGCGAGCUUGAAUGCGAGCCGCGUCGACCUGAACCGCCUCAUCCGCACCUACUCCCACUCCGACGGGAAGCUCAAGGGCUUCGGCGCCGCCGCGGUCGUCCGCACCGGCCCGAACCGCCGGGAGUGGGGCAAGAGGUACCGCCUCUUCUGCGGCCGCGGCAUCAAGAACAUUCACGUCUGGUCUUUCGUCCCGGACUUGGCGAGCGGAGGUGGGGGCGGCGGUCGCGGGAAGAGCGGCUGCCGCGGGGGGCAGUGGACCUGCCUCUACGACACGCACACGAACGGGGCGACGGUGGAGCUCGUGGCUUUCCGAAACGGCGGGUUGGAGGGCAUUUCGAAGUCGACGGACGCUAACGUUCGAGUGUGGGACCUCAGCAGCGAGGAGAGGCAGACAAAGCCCCCCUUCCGUGACAUCAGCAACUCUAAGGACAUACGAGCCGUGUUCGGGGACUUCGCCUACGGCGGAGCUACGGUGCUGAGUCUUGUUAAGCUUGACGCCCCGCCGGUGGCGAACCGCAUGGAAAUCGGUGAGAAACCGAGAGAGGGGUUGGGGGGGGACGGUCGGCACGUGGUGCUCGUGUGCUCGGACGGGAUGCUUUUGUAUCAUCGACACACGCAGCCUCCAACACCCUCUCAAGCGACGAGCGCACCAUGCACGUUCUUGCUCCUUUCUGAGCCGCCGCUCUUUGUCUUGGUCUCCAGCGAGAGGGAUCCAAACGGCCUCCUAUUUUUGCUGAACGUUGGCGGCACUCUCGUGUGCGUGUGGCACUCUCCCCCCAAUGACACUCCUCAGCAGGCGGUCAACACGAUGCGCUUGCAGCCGCUCGAGGGCAUCGGGACGAGGGAGGAGGACGCCAAGCCGACCGUGGCUCUGAGCCUCGCGGGGGCGAGCGGGCUCCCCGUCCUGAUCAUCGCGGGCGGGAAGGGGAGCGGCGGAGACGCCGCGGUGAGCGGCGAGGAAAGGGACAAGGAGCUGGAGCUGAUGGCGCUCCCCCGGACCAAGGAGCAGCAGCGCGAAGAUUCGCAAGUGAAGCGCACGGACACCUUUGGGCGCUGCAUGCUCCCCUGGCCCGAGGGUCGAAGGCUUACGCCGGAAGAUAACGAGACGGACGGCGAGGACAGCGCCGCCGCGGACAGCGGGAACGAAAGCGGGAACGGAAACCCCGAAGUAGGCGGUGAUAGCAGUAGGCAACAAGGAGAGGGUGGUUGCGUGAGCGUGGGAGAGGAGGUAGGAGGAACGGAGGUUGUCCCCGCGUCGCCGAUGAACCAACAGCAGCAGCAGCAGCAGCAGCCUGCCGCUACGUCCGCCACCGCCGCCGCCGCCGCUAUCCUGCCGCCGUCCACCCCGGCACCGCCGGUCACGCCGCCGGGUCCUACGUGGCAAGGGGCAGGAGAAGACAACGCCUUGGGUUGGCGAAGAACGGGGGAUUCUGCGAACGCGCAGCAGGUCGGUCGGCCGACGUCCCAGACCUCUAUGUCCUUAUCGCCAUCACCGAUCGGCGCCGGCGUUCAACAGCACCUCUUCUCUUCCCCGGCCGGCUCCACUCCCGGCAGCGGCGGCGGCCGCAAGCGUACGCGCGUCGACGGCGGCAGCGAUGGCAAGACCGGCGCUGCCGACGGCGGCGGCGGUGGCGGUCAGCAGGACGCCCCUACGAUCCAUGGAGUGCCGACACCGGGAUCAGCGGGCUUGCGGGGGGGGCGAAGAAAACGGGGCGCCGGAGCGGGGUCUGGAGGGGCCGGGCGGGGUCGGGCGGGCACCGGCGGAGGUGGAGCGACGGCCGCCGGUGGCACGCCGCCGCCCGCGGCAGGAAAGGGCUCUGCUGGGCCUGGUGGUGGCGCUGGCGGGGCCGCUGGCGGCGGCGGGGGUAAGGAAGGUCUCAGCGAGAGGAAGCGGGGCAGCGCUGUGGCGGGACUGGCGGAGCUCGGCUUCGAGGUUGGCAUUGUCGGGGUGUUGGGGUCGGGCUCGAAGGAAUCCCGGAAGGGGUCGAUGGCGGCGACAACUGUGGUGUCGACCGGGACGACGGCGGUAGCGAGAGGGAGAACGGCGUUGGGCCUCGACCGGGACCAGCUCGGGAGGGCAGCGAGCGGCCGCAGCGAUGUGACCGCGGGCGGCGGCGAGAUUUCUGGGCCGGUUGCGGCAGCAGCAGCGGCAGCGGCAGCAGCAGCGGCAGCAGCAAAUGCGGCGGCGGCAGCGGCGGCGGCGGCAGCGGCGGCGGGGCCGGCGGCGGGGCUGGCGGCGUCUGCCGGAGCGGCUGUACGCGAACACGCGCAGGCAGCCAAGCAAGAUAAGCCCAGAGAAAACAGAGGCGAAAAAAGCCCAAGUGUGGGUGGUGGUGAUAGUGGAAUCGGUGGCGGUGGCGGUGGCGGUGGCGGUAGCGGUGGCAGUGGUGGCGCUGUUGGUGACGCCACCGGUGGUGUUGCUGGUCGUACUGUUGGAGGGGGCGGCAGCGGCGACAGUAGUGGUAGUGGAGCUGCUAGCGGCGGCAGCGGUGGUGCUAGUGGCGGCGGCGGCGGUGCUAGUAGUGGAGCUAGUGGUGGCGGUGUAGAUACCUCAACGGUACCUGCGAAACGCCCGGGAAAGAAGAGAGCGCGCGAGGACCAGCGGGACAAGCCGGGUGGCGAGGAGGGCGAGCAGGACGAAAGAGAGGCGCAGAAUCCCACUCCGACAACGGCAGCGCCGCCAAAGAGAGGGCGGCGAGGAUCGGGAGCAGCGGGAGAAGAAGGUACCUCAACGACUUCUCGCGGCGGCGGCGGCGGCAGCGGCGGCGGUAGGGCUCGGCGCCUUAACUCCUCCUCCGCCUCUGGCGACGCAGAUGGGGGAGGCGGAGGGUCAAGAGGAGGCAGCGGCGGCGUUGGCGGGGACCAGCUGCUUAGAGAUCGUCGGUCUAGGAUCACCGCGCGCACCCUCCGGAGCAGCGGUAGCAUAUUCGACAUGGGGUCCAUCGUCAAGGGGAUAGGCUCGAGCUGGCUGUCCGGAGGCGGAGAGCAGGCGGAAGAGCUGAGGGUGGUGUGCGUCGAGGAGAGGGACGCGCUGGUCGAGCCCCCCGUGGUGCCCCCGGGGCUGGUGGCCUUUCUGGAGACACGCAGGACGAGGAGGGAUCGGGAGACUACACCGAUCACCCUGGAGCAAGCGCGGGCGAGAUACCGGACGGGUUUGAGGCUGCUUCCGCACAUGCUGUCGGCCGCGGCGGCGUCUGCCGAUGCCGACGGGGCUAGAAGCAAUGACAGCGGCAGCGAUAGCAGUGACGGCGCCAACGACGACGAAAAUUCGUCAGGAGACGAAGAAGAGAGCGGAGGCGGCGGCAACAGCAACGAUGGCGAUGGGGGCGGAGACGAUAAGCCGGCGGCAGCGGAGGUCGUGCCGACGCCGACAUCACUGCAACCGGAGCUGGUACCGGCGUCCUCCUCCUCCUCCGGACCCUCGCCGCCCGCAACGGAAGCAUCGGCGGCGGCGGCGGCGGUCGCCGCUCGGGGUAGCACUUCGGCGGUUACGCCAUCGUUGCCUGGCCUCGCCGUGGUGGCUGGAGACGUUGCGGAGGAGACAGAGAGCGCCGGAGGGCCGAGAAAAGAUGAGCCCGCGAGCGUUUCGGGGGGGGUGUCGGCGGGAGGGGGUUCGACGGGAAGACCUUCGUCGUCGCCGCCGUUGGCUGGCGCUGCCGUCGGAGCCGUCCCAUCGCCGCAAGAAAACGCGGCGCAACAAGGUGUUUUUCCGAUGGGCGGUUCCGUGGACGGCGGCUGUGCUGAUCGUGCCCCCGCCGAGUCCUUGGCCACGAGCGAGCCCGCGGGUGCUCACGCGUCGGCUGGCGAGGGUACUGCUAGCGUAGGCGGGAGCACCGGCGGCGGCGGGCGUGCGGGGGAUCCUUCAACGGCAGCUCCAUCUGCGGCUGCUGCCACCACGAUCAAGGGGGGCUCAGGACCGGCGGAAAGGGUCUCCGGGGCGGCGGACGCUUCUUCCACUGCCGGGUCGCUUGGGGCACAAGCGGGAACGUCCGCUCGGGCGACGGCGGCGGCUGACAGCGGGCCCGAGACGGCAACCCUGCCGUCCGCCAUGGAAACAUCGCCGCCUGCGGCAGCGACCAACUUAGCGCCAGCUGCCGACGACGCUCUUACCAGCGCUGGUGCGCCACCGCCCGCGGUCGUUGCGGGAUCUACGAGAUCUACGGUGGUUGGCGUGGCAGGUGGCGCUGAUCCGAUGGACGUAGAGAUCGAGAGUAGAACCAUCACCACCGCCGCCGCAACGAUGCAACCCGUCGCCAACAAGAAUCGAAAGGCACCGGGCGGCGGCGAUGUCGUUGCCACGGCGAAAGCUACAGAGGAAAGGAAAGAGCAAGCGACUACAAGGCCGCCGGCGAGCCCUGCUCUGCCGGCGGCAUCGUCUGCGGCGGAAGCGGGGGCAAGCGCGGACGACGGCGGCGGCGGCGGUGGCGGGGGUUCGGCGAAGAAGGCACGGAAAAAGAGCACCAGAAAAGCCCGGACGAAGGAAGCGAGGCCGUCACCACCGAAGGGCCCCGACGUGUUGCCGCCGCCGCUGGAGUGCGUCAUCGACAUGGGACGUCAGGAGACGAGGCGGGCGACGACCGAAGACGAACGGCCGUUGGGGCGACAACAGCGGCGCGAGAUACCGUGCGAACAGCCCCGUGACGGCGGCGGCAGCGCCAUCGACCGGCUGUACGGGGACCAGUGCCUGGAGAGGGAGGCCGCCGCUCGGUCGUUCUUCGCCGAGCACGAUAAACUCCGGCGGCAGUUCCUGGCGGCGGUGGAUCUGGUGGAGCUGGACAAGGCCGUCGAGUCCGAGGGGCUAGAGCUCCGGAACGGGUGCCGCACGGUCCAGACCCUCAAGAUGCGCCUCAAGACGCGAUGGCGGGAGGGCACUGUCCUUGGCACCAUUUUGAGCGACUCUUCUGGGUCUGGCGGAAGCGGCGGCAGCGGCGGCGGUGGCGGUGGCGGUGGCGGGCUGAGCCGGUGCACGAGCAAGGAGGUCCAGCAGGCGACGCUGAGGUGGCAGGAGCAGAUCAGGGCGGUCAUUACCGACCACAAGGAGCUGCUGAGGGAGGUGCUCGGAAGGCAGCGGCUGGAGGCCGGCGCCCUCCAGAUGGCGCAGCAGAUGGAGGUGCCCAAGGGGAAGGCCCCGCCGCUGAGCGUCCGCUUCGCGUUCCCGAACAUGUUUGACGAGGUCGCUCAAAGGCACAAGAUUAACAUGUGAGCUACAAAACUUGUGAGCCGAGGGCCGGCGCGAAGACCCCCUCUCGAGAGUUAACACAUCGAGGCUCGGCCCUAGCGCAUGUAGUGGUGUUUCUAUUGAGCAAUUUAGGCCCGAGGUCGGGCAUUAUGCAGUAACAUGCGUGCGGGGUUAGUUUUUUUUUCGCCACGUAGCGCUGAGGCUUGACGUAGUCUGUUUUUUUUUCAUUUCGAAAUCUCAGACCCGCUUCCUGUGGCGAGCUCUCUUUGUGAGCGGCCGAUACUUCUGAGUACCUUCAGAAGGGGAGGCAGGAGGCCAUUUAUGCGCUGAACGUCGAGCGGUGCCUCGAGGACAUGUUUACCUCGGCGCGUGCGUAUGUGUGUUUCGUGUGACAAACAACCAUCUUCUACGAGGCACGAGGCGCUUUCCGCCUUUGGAGAGAUCUUGCAUGUGUGGCGGUGUGUGCGCUCUGUCUCAUUCGGCAUGCGCAUACCGGCGCUCUCGUUGUUGCGACAGGUCCUGCAUCUCGCCCUGUUUUGUAUCGUCGGUAGCCGCCCGCCCUAGGCGAUGAAUUUUUGUAAAUACAUCCUCCAGUGUUAAAUAGUGUUUUUGGUCACUCUGAUGAUGAAGCAGCCGGCGAGGCCAGCCUGCCUUUUGCCGCGACUCGGGGGCGGGCUCUGAAGCACGUUGGUGGUAGCAUGUUGGUGGUACAGUAGUUUGGGAUGAUCGGGUAUUGAUGCAGGGACUGAGGCGUACCGCUCGUUGCCCUGGAAAUUCCGUGUAGCUGCAUGCUUGUUGAACCAUCGGCCACGCAUCCCGUGUUUGAUAGUGUUUGAUGGGAAACCAGGUGUACGAGGGUGUGUGCGCGCCUUUUCUUUCUCAGCGGCCCUGUACAAAACACGCGUUUCACAUCAUGACGGGGAGGGGUUUACCAUGAAGUGCGACAUUCGCGCAGAGUUUAUCGUUAGACUCGUUUUUGGGCGGGAAGGGUUUUCGUACUAUUUAGGGAGAUAUUUUU